GUAGGAGACAAAGCUGGAAGUCAUAUUGAUGAAAUCGUGAAGCCAAAUCAUACAAGGAAAAACUUCACAUCUCAUGAAAGGAUUAAAGAUCGUAAUCCAUCCAGCUUGCAGUUGAAGUUUGAAGAACAUAUAUCUUGGGCCAUAGCACAUAAUGAGAGUAAGAACCAAGUUGAGGAAACGGAAGGACAAAGUGGGGAGGGGAACCCUAUUGAAAUAAGUGUUUCCAGAAAGUCUGAAAUUUGUGAAGCCACAGAAGAGGGUAAUUCGGAAAGCAAGAAUAAAGUUGUUGGAACUCCUGGAUCGAACUCAAAUUACAUAAUUGAUGAGUUAAUUAGAAACCAGUAUUUAAUGUCAGAAAGUGGGAAUUUGCCACCUGAUAGGCAAAAUGGUUAUGGGAUAGCUUCUUCUGGUAAUUCUGCAUGGAGUCAUCCGAGUCCAGUACGACAGUGGACAACAAGGCUACCAUCCCAAGAUGUUGGCGUAUCUGAGUCGUCCUCAAAAUUGCCUGCAGAUUCAAAGGAGAAUACUUUGAAGGCAAAGCUACUUGAAGCAAGGACACGAGGUCAGCACUCACGCUCACGCUUAAAAGCCUCGAAGAUUUCCUAG